ACUGGCAGUUGUAGAAUAAGCAAACAGAAAAGGGCAGCCAUGGAAGCACAUUAAGAAUCCUCAACCCAGUCUGUAACACACACGAUACAUCCCAGUAGAAACCCCUGUAAUUCUCAUGAGGAGGUCAGUCCCCCCACUUCAUUCCCUGACCCCCCAUAUUCCUUCUGCCCAGAGACUGCCCUGUUACCAACAUCCAGACAAAUGACAUACACCACACGACACAGACAGGAGCCUUUGCAUUUCAUGAUAGCACCACUCACUAAAACAGAUCUUUCUGCAGCUGUGCUGUCUCCUGUACUUCUCCUAACAAUCGGCUCUCAGCUGGCAGGCUGCAAACAGCAUACGGUGCAAUGUGGUGCUCACUCUGCAAUCCACUGAUCAUGUCUGCUGUUUGCACUGCAGCCUGCUAGCCGAGAGCCGAUUGUUAGGAGACGUACAGGAGACAGCACAGCUGCAGAAAGAUCUAUGUCACUGUCCACAAACAGUAAAUUUGAAUGUAGAUGACGAGCAGUAACAAGAAAUGCUGCCCUCUGAUCAAGGGAGAUGGCAAAGUUGGAACUCUCAAAGUCAUGUAACUGGACAGAAAAGUCAAGCGAGGACUUGUUGCUCCAAUCAGAUAUCCCUGGGAAACAAAGGGAGGAACCACCUUGCACUGUUCCUGCACAGAAACAUGAGGCAUUGCACCCUUCCAAUAUCAUACAAUCUGGCAUAGCAUCUGAUAUGAAAAUGGUUGCUUUAAAUGUUACUGGCCCGGAGAUGCUUAAAGGAAACUCAAGUGAUCUUAGAGAUCUGUCUCAAGAUGAUUCCACUUUCUCAAGUUCAAGUCUGCUGCCUCAGGACUUGUGUUCUCAGCUUCUACCCAAUGAGGCUUCAAAUCUUCCCAACAAUUCUCACGGUGAUGAGAACAGGCCUUCAGCUAGAGGUGUUAGAUGUGGAUAUAAACAGACAAACAAACAGACAAGCAAAGGUGACAAUGGUUAUUCUGCCAAGUCAGAACAUUUUCUUUGCCCAGUCUGUAGCAAUGAGUAUAAAGCACCCAGUGAAUUGAAGGGACAUUUUAAAAGCCAUGUGCCUCCCCGUCAGGACUUCAACUGCUGGAAGGUUUCUUGCCCAUUUAGAACACAAGAUCGCAAGCAUUUUCAGUUGCAUCUGAGGAAAGAACAUUGUUUAACACCGGUUACUUGUGCUCAUCGUACAUGUCGUUGGCUAUUUCCAAACAGUGAGGAAAUGAACCUGCAUUUCCGCUAUCACUUUCCUUUUCACUGCAGCCAGUGCGACUUUGUUAGUUCUAACACAAAGCUAUUUUCACAGCAUAAAAAGGAACACAAUGCAGAAAAAGAUAAUUGUUUGGGUGGUGGGACAACACAGCCACUACAGGUUCCUACCACCCAACCAAGGCAAGAUAUCCCCCAUGACAGCCUGAAGCCCAAUAAGAAAGCAGAGUAUGCGUCACUUUCUCCUCAGCAAACCAUGAAAAGAGCCAAAACUACCACCAAGAAUGGAAUAUCCAAAGAAAAUCCCAUGUGCGUCACUGAUGGAGACAGUAGUACUUUUACUGCAUUCAAAAAUAAUGCAACAAAAGUGAAAAAUAGCCACACUGUUAAAAACAAGAGCAAGGCAUUUAAAGGAGAUGUGGAGAAUGGAAAGGAGCACCUGUUUAAGACCCACAUGUGCCCAGAGUGCAAACGUUGCUUCAAGAAACGGACUCACCUGGCAGAUCAUUUACAUUUGCAUUUUCCUGACCCCAACCUGCAGUGCCCCAAUUGCCACAAAUUCUUUACUAGCAGUAGCAAAUUGAAGAUUCAUAUGAUGAGAGAGGCAGGUGAAAAGACCCAUCGCUGCCCACUUUGCAACUACAGCUCUGUAGAGAAAAAUGCCCUCAACCGCCACAUGGCAAGCAUCCAUGAGGGGGUGUCCAAUUUUUACUCAGACACCUAUUCCUGCCCAGUAUGCCAGGAGACAUUUAAUCUGAGCCAGGCUUUGAAAGAUCACAUGAAAGGGCACAAAUCUGACCCACAGUUGCAUCUGUGCUUUGAACAAGAUUGUAACCAAGCCAUGUCAGACAGGAAGGAGUUCCUUCGGCAUCUAAAAGAGUCACAUGGAAUUCAGGCAGUUGAGUGUAGGUACCACGCCUGUUCGUUACUUUUCAAGAGCCGUGAGGAGAUGGAGCAGCACCGUAAGAACCAUUAUGCCUUUCAUUGUCAGGAGUGUGACUUUGUCUGCUCCAAUAAACACACUUUUCGUAAACACAAGAAAUGUGGGCACCCCGGCAAAGAGGAACUGUCUUGUCCCUUCUGUUCAUUUAAGAGCUUUAACCCAGUAGAGUACAAUGACCAUGUAGGCAAGAUGCAUGCCAAUGAGAAGAUUCAUCGAUGUGGGGAUUGUGAUUUUGCCACGGCUCACAAGAGGGUUCUGAUCCGUCACACGUUGCUGCACACAGGGGAGAAACCUCACAAAUGUACACAGUGUGACUUCAUGUGUCGGGAUAUCAGCUACCUCUCCAAACACAUGCUGACCCAUUCCAGUGACAAGAACUACAUGUGUACUGAGUGCGGAUACAUCACCAAAUGGAAACACUACCUCAAUGUACACAUGCGCAAGCACAGCGGUGACCUCCGGUAUCAUUGCAACCAGUGUGCUUAUCGAUGUCACCGUGCAGAUCAGCUGAGCAGCCACAAAUUGCGCCACCAGGGCAAGAAUCUUAUCUGUGAGGUCUGUGGCUUUGGCUGCAAGCGCAAAUACGAGCUGCAGAAACACAUGCAGUCCAAACAUUCACAGACUUGUCAGAUCCCAAUGUAUCAGUGCCGGUAUUGCAACUACCAGACAAAAUACAAACAAGCCCUGCAUAACCAUGAGAACUGCAAGCACACUAAGCACCGAGAAUUCCACUGUGUUCUCUGUCCAUACCGCACUUUCAGCAACACAAGCCUUUUCUUCCACAAGCGCAAGGCCCAUGGUUAUACACCAGGGGAUAAGGACUGGCUGGCCCGAUAUGCUAGGAUGAAACAAGAUAUCAGCCAGUCUGACCUGCUUUUCCUAUACACUAGUAGUUCUACAAAAUCACCGGAGAAACCAGUACCUUCUGGUGCUGAACAGAAUUCUUGCCUUGAUCCCCUGAUGUUAAGUUCUAAAGUAGACAGCAGUUUGAAUGUACAAGAGGCCGGAUGCCUGCAGGUUGCAGAUAUGACUGAACCAUCUGGAGACAAUAACAUUUCAGUGACAGACGAGUCUCUGCUUGCGACCAUCACACUAGAACCAGUAGAAACUUGCAGCAUAGAAAUAGAAGACUAUCCUGUUCAAAUUCAGCUUUCAGAGACAGCAGAGGAAGCUUUAGGUACUUGUGAAGAUUCUCUUCAUACAAGGGAAGAAUUGCUGUGCUUCAAUGAGAGCCUGGAAGUCGAAAACAAUAUUAACUGUGGUCAAGUAUAUGACGAAGAGACAGAUCCUAAUCUUGAAGAUAACAAUAAGAUGAAUGAUGAUUCUUCUGAGACCAGGGCCAAGUUCAACCAAGAACCAUUGCUAUGUGAUCUUAAUGAUAAAUGUGCAGAUAUUCCUGUUCAUGUAGGUGCUAAUCUUGACCUCCAGCACAAUGGUAUACCACUGGAAGUUGAUGAGUCUUGGGCACAUGUUGUCAAGGAUGGUGUGCAACUGACAAUUAUAUGUGAAUCCACUGAGCUUGCUGAUGACAGUACUGCUGAGGAGGAAAAUUCUGCCACCUUCCAAGGAAAUGUAGAGGAAAUUUCUAGACCAGAGUCCAUGUUGAGAACAUUACGGAAGCAGGACAGAGAGCAGGCAGAAACCCUUGUUUUGGAAGGCAGAGUGCAAAUGCUGGUGGUGCAGUCAAGCACUCCAGUAUACCGAUGUGAGAAGUGUCCCUACAUUACAAGAAAGGAAGGUUGUAUGCUGCAGCACUCUAAAUCGGGGUGUCACACACGUAAAUCCUCUCUGGUGUGUGAAGAAUGCGGCGCCAGCUUCAAACAACAGAGGGGACUAAACACUCAUAUCAUAAAAAAGUGUCCAGUCAUGCUAAAGAGAAAAAAAUCCUCUGCUCAGGCUGCAUCCUCCACAGAGGCAACUAUCCCAGAAACAGGUUUGGAGGCCCCUGCUUCAGAUCAGGGCAUAAUGGAAGAAUCCCAAGCAUCACUGACAUCAGAAAUUCACGUGGAACAUGUGCUGUCGUCAUGCCAGGAUCUUGUUCUGGAGGAUUUCAAAGGAAGUAUCAAUGAAAAAAACAAUGUUCUAGAGAAGGUUGAAAACCAAAUUAUUGAGUUUUCAUCUGCCUCUGAAAACUUGGCCACUGAUCCUUUAAUGUCAUCUGGAUACCAGGACAGUAAAAAAUACAAGUUUGAGCAUGGAAAGUUCCGUUGCAUGUUUUGUUCAUUUGUCUGCUCUAGGGAAUGCACCAUAAUCUGUCAUGUGAGGGAUAAUUGCCGAGAGCUAAGGGGCACCUCGAAUGAAGCAGCUCUGAGAAGGCAUCUGCAGCAGAACCAUGGGCUCAUGGAAGUCACUGAAAGGAGUGUGAGCUCUAUGGAUGAUGAAAGCCAAAAUACAGAAGAAGAUGAUGACCAUAAAAAGGAAUCUGUUUAUAAAAUAAGUAGUGAUCCUUGCAAUGACUCUAGAAUUUCAUGCCCCAGUUGCCCUUUCACAUGUUCCCAAAAUCGAGCUAUGAGGACACAUGUGAAAAAAGGCUGCUUAAAGCCAGGGGAGCUGCAGUGCCCUUUGUGCUCAUUUCGUUGUAUGUCAGCAGCAGCACUGAAGCGUCACAAGGUACUGCACCAGAAAUAUAGCCGUAACCAGGCCCAGCUGAAGUGCAAGCAAUGCGAUUUCACCUGCAAGCAACCACGGUGCAUGAACCAGCAUGUAAAUAUCCACCAUGAGGGUGUUAAGCCCCACCGCUGUCGAUACUGUGAUUUUAGUACAACACGACGCUAUAGACUGGAUGCUCAUGAGUCCUUACACACUGGGGUUGGACGAAUUUCAUGUGAUUCUUGCAUACGUACUUUUGGAACAAACUCCAAGUUGCGACUUCAUCAACGCCGGGUCCAUGAGAAGAAACCCACACAUUUCUGCAGUCUCUGCGAUUAUAGUGGCUACAGCCAAAAUGAUAUUGCCCGUCACAUGGGAAGUUGCCAUAAUGGCGAGCUAGCCUUUCCAUGUGAUGUGUGCCAGGCUAGUUUCAGUUCUGAGGCUGCACUGAAGCAACACACUAUACGCAAACACCAGGAGAAGGCCACCCAACAGUGUUUACAAUGCCAGUUUUCUUGCCACAGCCUUGCCACUCUUAGGUGCCACCUUCAGAAGCAUCACCUGCAGCUGGACUGUAGCAUCUGCAAGCAAACAUUCUGCCACCGAAAAGAUCUAGAAGAGCACCGCAAAUCUCAUUUUGCCCAUCACUGCCAUUUGUGCCAGUAUGCGGCCAAAGAUAGGCAACAGCUUGUGCAUCAUUACAUAGAGGAACAUGAGACACUAGCUUUGCCCGGUUCUGAGCAAGAAUUGGGGCUUCUCUGCUGCCCUUUCUGUUCCUUUUCCUGUCGUCAUCAACUAGUAUACGACCAUCAUGUUAAAGGCCAUGGGGGCAUACGGGUUUACAAGUGCUCAGACUGUGAUUAUACCACCAAGAACAAGCAGAAAAUCACUUGGCAUAGUCGCAUCCAUACUGGUGAGAAGCCCUACAAAUGCCACCUCUGUAGCUACGCAUGUGCUGACCCUUCUCGCCUCAAGUACCAUAUGCGCAUCCACAAGGAUGAGAAGAAGUACCUUUGUCCCGAGUGCGGCUACAAAUGCAAAUGGGUUAACCAGCUAAAAUAUCAUAUGACCAAACAUACAGGUUUGAAGCCAUACCAAUGUGAGGAAUGUGACUACUGCACUAAUCGUGCCGACGCUCUUCGGGUUCACAGAGAGACACGUCACCGUGAGGUCCGCUCUUUUAUAUGUGAACAGUGUGGGAAAGCUUUCAAAACUCGCUUCCUGCUUAAAACUCACAUGAGGAAGCACAGCGAGGAGAAGCCAUAUGUUUGUAACUUGUGCCAGAGCAGCUUCCGCUGGCCUGCUGGCCUACGCCAUCACUACCUCACUCACACCAACCAGCACCCUUUCUUCUGCCAAUACUGUACAUAUCGGGCCAAGCAGAAGUUCCAAGUAGUCAAGCACCUACAAAAGCAUCACCCUGACCAGCCAGACAUUACAAAAGGGAUAGGGAAGGAUCCAUCCAUGCCCUCUGUACAGACUUGCGAUUCUGCUGAGGCAAAAGCCAACCAGCCACUUGACUGUGAAGGGGACAGCCUGUCUGGAAUGAACUUACAGUAAUUACAUAACCUGCGUUGCUUGAACCCCACUUAUUUAUCUUUUAUUCUUUGUGGGCUUCCAUCAGAAAUUGCUAAUGAAGGACCUUUAGCUGCUGCAAUGUGCUUUAUCACUGCUGCUCACAGUAGAAUGAGACGGCAUGUCAUUUGUCUAAAGGUUCGUUAAUAAUAAAGAAAAGCAAUUGAAACACACCGCCAUCCUGCUGAUAUCAACCAUGCCUGCUAGCUCGGUUGUGUGGUGAUGCUGGGAGUUGUAGUUACGGAAGAAGAGAGUUUUAUAUAAAGGGAACAUACUUUAGACCAACUUUAGCAUGUUGUAGGCAUUGACAUUUUAAAACAUUUUGCAGUUGGUCUUAUUUCUUUAUUUUCUGGUUGUUUUUAAACAUGUUUGCCCUUCUCUGGUCUGCCUUUCUAUAAACCUGAAAUUUUAAUGCUUUUUGAAUGACUGGCACCCAGAAAGGCGAGUGGUCGUGAGGCUUGUUUUUAUUAUUACUUUGUAUUUAUUUCUCUCUCCUAUUCAUCCUUCAGUCUGUCAUUCAAUCUAUUUCCCUGUUGCUAAGAGAAACUGCCCACCAGGCUUGACCAUGUGGAUACUGCUGCAGGCCCCCUAAGAGUGGCCAAUCUGACAGUUUGAGAACCAUUGGUCUCAUACUAAAAGUUAACCUUCCCUUCAGUGUCUUAAACAAGAAAGUGUUAUGAAGGGUGUCUUAUCCAAGAAACAUCAAAUAGCUGCAUAGGUAACUGUCCGUUAUGAUUGCUAUUUGAGCCCUAUUUACAGAAGCCGUUACUGAAAAGAGACCCAAAUGUGCUCCAUAUUGCUGUGCUAUCUGGGAGGCUGUAGUGAAGACAGGCCUGGCGCCACACAGACUAUGUGCACCUUAUUAUUUAUAUAAGCAGAUGAAAAUGUUUUUUACCUGGUGGAAAAAUAGUAAAACGUCUUUUAAAGAAACAAAAAGAAAGAUGGUACUGAUUUUUGACAAUUUUACCCCUCAAAUACAGUGGAGCUUCACCCAUAGUCUGUAGUCAAUAACAUGAGUGCACUGAUUCUUUAUAUCCAAAGGAGUAGGUCACCUAGUAAGUUAUACAAUGUCUUAUACUCAUCAACUUUUCAAUUGGUCUUCAUUUUUUUAUAUUUUGCUUUUCUCUUCUUCCUCUUUCCAGUUUUCCAGCUUUCACAUGAGAGUCACUGAACCUGGCAGCCGAAAAACGUUUCCUGUGAGGCUGCAAUUUAAUUGUUAUUACAUUUUAUCUUUUUGUUCAGGCCCUAGUCUAGUCCUCUUCCAGUCUAAAUGUGACCCUAGCUGCUGAAAUUCCAAACUGGAAAGCUAGUGAACAUAAAGCAUAAUCCAUAAUAAAUAAAGUCCAUUUUCA